AUGAAUCAGGACCGCAGUUGGAUGUAUAUUAGACAUAGUAAUGGAUUGCUAGCGGAAGGAUUUUUUGAUAAGGUUGAGGAGUUUGUCGAGUUUGCUUUACGACAUCCUGAAUGUAAGAGUGGGGCAAAAAUAAAAUGCCCGUGCUCUAGGAGAAAAUGCAGAAACACAAAUUACCGAGAUCCAGAAGAUGUCAAGUUACAUGUGUUGCAGUCUGGGUUUGUUGAAGAUUACCAAGUGUGGGUUCAUCACGGUGAGGGCACUGUCUUGAAUCCUCCUCCUUGGGCACUGCCAUCGGGUAAUUACGAUCAGUUUGACUACGGAAAUGACGAGGAUGGUUUUGAUGCAGUUCAGAGAAUGGUGAUCGAUGCAGCUGGUCCUGAAAUGUUUACUGAUGAAGAGCCUCCUAAUCAGGAAGCCCAGAGAUUUUAUGAUAUGAUGCGUUCGGCGGAAGAAGAAAUAUGGCCCGGGAAUAACAGACAUUCCCCUUUGUCCGCAGCAACUAACAUAUUGGACAUUAAAUGUCGCCAUCAGGGUUCAGUUGCUUUAAUUGACGACAUUUGUAGUUUAAUGCAAGAAUUGCUGCCAGAGGAGAACAAGAUGCCAGCAAAUUUUGCUAAAAUUAAAAAGCUGGUGAAAGGUUUGGGGUUGCCGAUGGAGGUUAUUGAAUGCUGUUUUUACAACUGCAUGCUUUUCUGGGGGGAAGAUGAGGCUUUAACGUGUUGUAAAGUGUGUGGCCACGAACGGUGGAAACCAGUUACCAAAAGCAAUUCUUCCAGAAAACGAAAGGCCAACGUGCCAUAUAAGAAGAUGUUUUAUUUUCCAAUUACUCCGAGGCUGCAGAGGUUGUAUGCGUCGAAAGCCACAGCUGGGCAUAUGACAUGGCACGCCGAACAUGAAAUGGAAGACGGGAAAAUGUGUCAUCCGUCUGAUUCUCCAGCCUGGAAACGGUUUAGUGAGUUGCAUACGGAUUUUGCUGACGAACCUCGAAAUGUUAGACUUGGCUUAUGCACUGAUGGGUUUCAACCGUUUGGCAGUUUCGGGUCACCUUAUUCUUCAUGGCCGGUAAUUGUGACGCCUUAUAAUCUGCCGCCAGGCAUGUGCAUGAAGGAUGAGUUCAUGUUUUUAACGAUACUUGUCCCGGGUCCGCGUAAUCCGAAAAACACUAUGGACAUUUUCCUCCAGCCGUUGAUAGCAGAGUUAAACCAAUUGUGGGAAUCUGGGAUCCGGACCUUUGAUAUUCACAAGCGUCAGAACUUUCAGAUGAAAGCGGCCCUUAUGUGGACAAUUAAUGAUUUCCCGGCCUAUUCAAUGCUAUCUGGUUGGAGCACAUCAGGUAGAUUGGCAUGUCCAUAUUGCAUGGAAGAUACGAAUGCAUUCACGCUUACUAAGAGUGGUAAACAAUCGUGGUUUGACUGCCACAGAAAGUUUCUACCUCCGGGGCACCGUUUUCGUCGAAAUGUCACCGAUUUUCGAAAAGGUAAACAAGAAAAAAACCAUUUUCGUAGGGUGAAAACAGGAGAUGAACUGUUGGCAGAGGUGGACCACCUAGGCUUUAGGAGGGCAUAUGAGCCCCAUGCAGAAGUUAUUAAUGCCGACUUGUCGAAGAAGUGUGGUUGGAACAGAAAAAGUAUAUUUUGGGAUUUGCCGUAUUGGAGAACAAAUGUGAUUCGGCAUAAUUUGGAUGUCAUGCAUAUCGAGAAAAAUGUUUUUGACAACGUUUUCAAUACCGUGCUGAAUGUUCCUGGAAAGACAAAGGACCAUGCAAAAUCAAGGGCAGAGUUAAAUGAUUUUUGCGAUCGUCCGGAACUAGCACAAGACCCAACUACUGGUAGAUAUCCGAAGGCACUGUAUGCUCUGGACAAGGAGCAAAAAAAAUUAUUGCUAGAAUGGAUUCAGCAAAUUAAAUUCCCGGAUGGCUACGUGUCAAACUUGUCUCGGUGUGUUGAUUCAACCAAACAGAAAAUGAUGGGCAUGAAAAGCCACGACUGUCAUGUGUUUAUGCAGCGACUCCUACCAAUUGCGCUGCGUGAGAUUCUCCCAAAAGAGAUAUGGGAGCCUAUAGCAGAGUUGAGUAUCUUCUUUAGGGAGUUAACUGCUACAUCACUUAAGGGCGAGGAUCUGAAACGUAUGGAAGAAGAAAUCCCGAAGAUACUUUGCAAGUUGGAACGCAUAUUUCCUCCCAGCUUUUUUGAUUCGAUGGAACAUCUUCCUGUUCAUCUGCCAUACGAAGCUAGAAUGGCUGGACCGGUUCAGUAUCGGUGGAUGUAUCCAUUUGAAAGAUAUUUGCGGAAAUUGAAAAAAAAGGUAUCCAACAAAAGUCGGGUGGAAGGCAGCAUUAGUAGCGGAUACCUAAUGGAGGAAACAGCAAAAUUUGCCUCUUUUUAUUUCACGGAUGGUGAUCCGACGUUACCCUGUCGACUGCAAAGAAAUGAGGUAUUCGAUACCGAUAUGGAUGAUGAUGUCGACCGACUUUCAAUUUUUAGAACAGUUGGGGAACCCAUAGGUGCCUGCCGCAAAAGACAUCUGGACGAGUAUGAAUAUGUCGCCGCCCGGAGUUACGUCCUUUUGAAUUGUGCGGAAAUCGAACCUUACAGAGAUGUUUUCGAAGACGAAUUGCAUGCAAUCAACCCUGCGAUCACGCGGAUCGAAGUUGAAGGAAAGUUAGAAAGGGAAUUUGUGUCCUGGUUUGAAGGACAUGUGAAGGACCCAGCUACAUGUAUGAAUCCCUAUAUUCUAAGUCUUGCGAAAGGCCCACUUAGAUCAGUCAAAACAUAUAAGGGAUAUCGUGUAAACGGGUUCAAAUUCAAUACUCAAGAUUAUGGGGAGGAUCGAGUUACUAUGAAUAGUGGAGUUUGUGUUAAAGGGUCUCUAUUCGGUCCAGCCGUAAGCGACUUUUAUGGAAUGCUGACUGACAUUAUUGAGAUAGAGUAUCCAGCGCUGCCAAUUAAAAGGACCGUCCUAUUUAAAUGCGAUUGGUUCGAUCCAACUCCAAACGUGGGUAUGUCAGUGCAUCGUCGAUACAACAUGGUAGACGUUAAUCACAGAAGGAGGUACAACAAGUACGAACCUUUUAUUCUAGCCGAACAGGCCGGUCAAGUCCAUUACUUACCAUACCCAAGUAAAAGACGAGAUAAAAAGGACUGGUGGGCAGUAUGCAGGAUAAAGGCUAGAUCUGAGCUUGACAUGCCAGAUGAGGUUAUUCUGGCUUUCCAGGACGACGUCGUAGAACAUGCUCUUAAUGUGGAAACAGCUGAUAAUCCGACUAAUUUGGUUGACCCGGACGAGGAAGCAGAUGAGGAGGCGUUGGAAACGGCGCCAACAGCAGAGACAGCCGAUGAUUUUCUACCAUCCUCAUCAGACGAAGCGGAGGACUACGAAGAGUUGUAG